AUGUUGCUAUUGAACGGAAAGCCACGUGAAUGUUACCAAAACCAUGAAGAAGUUGAUGUUCCACUGGCCUAUUCAGACGCUCGAAAGGAAUGCGUUCAGAUCCUAUCAUUCAGCAACCCUAUUCGACAUAGGGAAGACCUACAGGAACGGAAAGGAAGAAGGGCCAAGGGAACCUGCGAGUGGAUGCUGAAAAAUAACAUCUUUCAAGAGUGGCGUGAGGGUUCUGGAAAAAACGAUUCCAACAUUCUGUGGCUUCACGGCUUGCCAGCAAGUGGCAAGUCCAUGAUGACAAUCUUCCUUACCGAAGCCCUGGAGAACGAUCCAAAUAUGGGAGAUGCAGGCCUGGUGAUUUAUUUCUUCUGCGAUUCCAGCUCCCAGAAUCACACUUCGGGAAUCGCUGUUCUGAGUGGUUUGAUCUGGCAAUUGAUCAAAGAUCGACCAAUAGGUCAGGAAGUGGUUAGGAGAUGGUAUGAAGACGAUAAGGUGCUGUUUACUUCUUUCAACCGUCUGUGGAAAUUGUUCAUUAUGUUGUUGAAUGGUGGGAGCGAGGGGAAGGUUUAUUGUGUCAUUGACGCCCUUGAUGAGUGCGACCGAGAGUCACAAAACGCGAUAUUGAGAAAGUUUGAGAACUUUUUCGACCCAGAGUACUACGAUCGAUCCCUCUCACAUGUCUAUUUCCUCAUUACAAGCAGACCGUAUGAGGAGAUCAGAACAUACUUGGGGGGCUUUGUCAACGCGGAUAUCGGUGGGUUCGCCGAGGCAAAGGAUGAUGGUGCUGCGUUCGUUGAAAACUCUGUGGAUUACUUGACCGAGAAGAAGAGGUUUUCCACUGAGAUGCAGGGGAGAGUUCGUCACAUUAUUCAGGAAAAAGCCGAAGAUACCUUCCUCUGGGUCUCUUUGGCUAUGGAGGAAGUGAAGGAUGCUGCUCGGGCGGAUAUCAUAGGAAUCCUCGAGCAAUUGCCUACUGGACUGAGCAGUCUCUAUGGGCAACUGCUCGAAAGGGCAGCCCAGGCUCGACCCGAGAGCAAGGAAGACAUUCUUCGUAUUGUCAAUAUCGUGGCAGUGUCUCUGGAACCUCUCAGUCUCUUGCAAUUAGCCUAUGCCUGCCAGUUUUAUGCACAGGAAAGCGAGGAAGAACAGGUACUUGCAAUGAGAAGCUCCAUCCACGAUUGCAAGCUUCUGGUUGUUGAAACAAACGAUAAAGUUGCAUUGCUACAUAAGACCGAAUAUUUGGACACCGACUUUGUCACACAGGAGGGCAAGACCGCUCUAGAACUGGCGGCUUCGUCGGGGCAUGAAAUAAUUGUGUGCCAUCUACUAGAAAAUGCACCAGCAGAGAUGGUAAUUUUCAGGGGUGUCCUAGAAGCAGCCAUCAAGAACACGCAACGAGGGGCGCAAAUCAUCGACGCGCUCCUUUUGCAUCCACGAGCCCGCACAUCAAAUUGGAACCAUGCACACCUCGUCAAAGCUGCCAAAAACCCUAUAUGUGGUCGUGAGAUUUUACAAAGUCUUCUUAAGAGGGUCCCUAAGCUACGGAGUUCUUUGGAUGACGACGUACUAGUAGCAGCGGCAAGGAACAGCGACUUGGAGCCCAUGAGACUGUUGCUCACCGUUGAUAUGGAGAACACGAACUUGAGUGAAAAGGUGUUACUGAAAGCGGUUGGGAACAAGGCAAAGGGGCAUAACAUGACUCACCUUCUACUCACGUCUGGAACCACAGGUUCAAUAACAGAGCCUAUUAUAAACAAGGCAGCGAGUAAUACCCGACAGGGACUUUCCAUUCUGAGAGUUCUUUUGAGACGAUAUAAUGGAAGGAUUUCAGCCACCACAUUGAUCCAGGCAGCGAAAAUUGGACAAGAUCGUGCUCAUCUACUCCUGCAGCAUGCCUCUGGAAUCGAUAUAGGCAGCAGCGAUAUGAGAGCGUUCCAGCUUCUCAAUCCAGAAACUGCUAUAAAUAUGGUGCGAACAAUCUUUGUCGAGAAUGGAGAGCCAAAUUUUGUGAAUAGCAGAAUUCUCUCUGCUUGUUGUAGACACCUGACUGGUGCUCAACUAUCGUUGAUCCUCGGGCGAAGAGAAAACCGGCUGCACAUUACGUCAAGUCUAUUCGCAUCGGCAUUGAAAAAUGAGAGACACUGUAUCCCAGUGAUGGAGAGCCUACGACAAUACUGGGAAGGACCAAUUCCAUUUACGCGGGGGGUCCUAAACAGGCUCAUGCGGUUGAAUGGCAGCUAUGAAGUUAUCAAUUAUGUCUGGGAGCACACUGACACGGGAACAGCCAAUAUAUCAAUAGGUCGCUGGGGUUGCAUUUUCACGGGAGUGGAAGGGGUCAACAAUGUACAAGCACUGCUGGAUCGCGACGGCGGAGUGAUGAUAAUAAGGCAGCGCGACCUCUAUGGGGCUGAUCGGGCGCGACAUGCCAGCAAUACCUGGAAUCAAAUCUUGCAAUGGGCCUUGGAGCGUCCGCGAGACAAAUUGCAUAUCACACCGCGUGCUAUGGAGCUGAUACUCCGGUUCUGGAGAAAACAGACAGCGCGGACUCUAUUGCAGCAGGACCAGCGCCAAAUAUCAUUCCAUGAGGAGGCUUUGAAAAUCAUUGUGGAACGGUUUGAUCAUUUCGACCUGCUUACAGUGCUGAAUGGGAUGCAAAACCCGCUGACUGUGACGGAGGGUAUCCUUAUUGCGGCGUCAAGAAACAGUCGUUGCCACAGAGAGAUGCUCCGCACCCUCAUAGACAGAAUGCAGCAAACUGUCUCGGUCACCCCUCAUAUCAUUAGAGCGAUUGCGCGAGCAGAUGAAGGGUCGCUCGAGUUGCUGAUGUCCAAAAACGACGGCUGCUUCGAAAUUACCGAUGAUGUGGUGAUGGAGGUAUUUGAGAACGAUCGAAAUGAUUGCAAAAUGAUGCGUACUCUUCUCUCCCAGAACAAAGAGAAACGAAGUAUAACAUCUCAAGGUGCAGUUGCAAUUGUCGGACAUGUGACUGUGGUAGAGCUUUUGCUUCGGGAGUAUACGAUUGCUAGCCUGUCAAACAACAUGAUUGUGGCCGCCUUAUCCAACAGUGUCAACCCCUCUCCUAUACUUGAAAUACUUCUGAAACAGUCGAGAGAAUGGACGUUUGAUGGGACUUGGUGGGGCUCAAUUACUCGGGCACUCUCGCAAGAUACAUUUCAGUGGCUCCACGCCAAAGUCUCGGAUAACAACGUCACCCCCGAAUCCUUCCUACAAGGUGCCUUGUCAAAUCCACGACUGAGUUUUCAGUCCCUUUGCCAUCUUCUUGAGUCAGUUCCUGCCCAGGAGACAAUAUCUCAACGCUUGGCAGGUUGCAGCGCGAGGAACCAAACCCAUUCCGGCCACCUUGUCCAGUUCAUAUUGGCCAGGAAUGAUGCUCAAUUGAUCUUCAUCACUGAAGAUCUUGUGGGAGGUGGUCUGGGAACCCAGAGGCUCGGUGAUGUCGCUUUGAAAGAUCUCCUCUGUAUUGACAGCAACCGAAUCAAGGUUACACACAGUGGGGUAUAUACUAUACUGCGCUGGUAUGACCAGAGCAUUGUCGAUUGCCUGAUCAAGAGAACGGGAACAGACGUUCAUUUCACAGCUGAUCUGAUUCAGGCGCUCAUUUUGAAUUCAACCCAUGGUAAAGAUAUUAUGCAAUGGUUGCUGAUGGAAGAACAUAUACUGCUUUCGCUAUCUCAACUAGCCUUGAUUAUUGAAAGUGGAUGUUUCAAUGUCGAUGUUCUAAAACAGACUCUGACUGGCCCUUCUGUGAGAAUGACCGAGCCUCUUUUUGAUGCCAUCACAGGGGCUGACGAUGGAUAUUCUAUGAUGGAUGCAUAUCUCAAUACACAUUCUAUUGGUUCGAUUCGGAUUACAGUCCCUGCCGUUGUCAAAAUGAUUGGGACACCUCACCGCCACAAUUUGCCAUUGCUAAAACUGCUCCUUCGGCAAUCACGGACACAGGUUUACGUCGCACAACCUGUCAUUCGAGCUGCACUUCGAGCAUUCAAUACUCAGAAGCUUGAAUCGUUUAUUGACAUUUUAAAGCUAUUGAUGACGCGAGGAGACAAAAUCUUUGCAGACAAAGGGUGCAUGGCAGAACUACUCGCUCACAAAUAUGCGGAAUGUUUGAUGGUGACAAUUUGUGAUCAUACCCUUGAGGAGGAGCUUAUAAUCUCAAAUGAUAUGGUCAAGGGGUUGGAGCACUACGACGCUAUCAAAGUACUCGUGAAGCGUGCCAAAUUCCAAGUUGUCAUUACUGAAGCUGCAAUGUGCAAUGUAGUUGCCAGACCUGGUUAUGCGAUAGACAUUCGUCUGCUGAUUUCACGGCCAAACUGGAAGAUCCCUAUCACGGAGAUCGUUCUUUGUGCAGCACUCAUGAAAGGCCGUCGCGGAUCAAAUCAUAUGCCGGCCCUAUUUCAGCAUGCGAGGCACGUACAGCUGACAUCGGUAUUUUUCAAGACCCUAACUGAGGCCCAAGUUACCACGAUGGAACCCGAAAUGGAGUAUAUCGAGAGUUUCUUAGCAUUUUUCAAGACGAUUCGCCUAGCUGGUUGUAUCAGAGCCGACAUGGUGGAUGGUAUUGUCGAGCACUGCUCUUUUCCGAUCGUCCUUGCCCUGUUCGACAGAAUUGAUGAUCGAAUUCCGUUCUCCAAUAGUACAUUGCCGUUUCUAGCAAGAAAAUUCAACGAGAUAAUCAUUGCAAUCUUCCUCGAUCGACACGGCAGUAACUCGCUUAUUAACGAGGAGGUUCUUGCUGCUGCCGCUUCAAAUGGCGAACAUGGGCCUGACGUCGUCACUAUCCUUCUACAGCGCAGCCAUGUCCUUCCAACCGAGAGCGUCCUGCUGGCUGCAGCCACAAAUUUGGGGCAAGGUCUGAAUGUCUUUAAUAUUCUACUUGCUCAUUUGUCCGAGACAUCAGGAAAUAUAGUGGACACAGAUCGAAAAAACGAUGCGGUCGCAUUGGAAGGUUUAUUAGCAAAGGAUGUCCUUUUUGCAGGGCUCGAGACGUGCUUUGCCGACACUGUGACUAAAUAUCGCAGUCAGAAAAUAUAUUUCACUGGCGUCACUCUCCAGGAUCGGGUAUUGCGUGUAGUGGCUAUGUUGAUUGAGUGUGGAGUCUCUGUCGUCUUCAACGAAGAUGAUCUCCUCAGGCUUUUUGAACUCUACACGCUGGGCCCCCAUUCUCAUUUCAUCCUGCAGACACACAGAGGGAGGUUACCGGCCUUCACCCCCAAUUUGAUAGCGAGAGUCCGAUUGCGAGUCACAAAGUACCUGUCUUACAAGGUGUUCCGUUACGACCCGUUGUUUGUACCCGCAAUUCACCUGGCGAUCAGGGAUAUUGAUCCCAUAACCUUCAACUCUUUGAUCAAGAGGAGUGAACGUCCAUCCCAGGAGCUGGGGCCUGUUGGACCUGAAUCUAAGUCUGAGAUUGUUGACGAGGAAACCUGGAUCUUCAUGGUCUGGAAGUUCACCGACCUCGACCUGAGUCGCCUCGAUCCCAGUCUUGUGGACUGGAAAGAGGUGAUCGAAAAAGCAGGCCGUCGAGGAAUGAUUUCAGAAAGUGUGUUGUCCUCAGUGAUUCGCACGAAGAACUAUGAUAUGGUCGACUUGUGCCUGAAAAAUUACCACAAGCCGCUGGUCGUGACACAACAACUCGUGGAUUCCUUUGCUGGUUUUCCUCCUCGGUUUCAUCUCGAACCGCGCGCACGUCCAGAUGUGAAGAGCCUGCGCAGGUUACUUCAACAUGGGACGCUCGUUCACCCCAUCCACUCAUCUAGUAUCGAAAGAAUACUCGAGAUAUUCGGUUCUGGAAUCGCAGAUGAACUCUUCAAAAUCACCGAAAAUCGGCUAUUAGUUGACGAAUCCGUCUUGGUGUCCAUCGUAUCCACAAAAAACGUGAAGAUUAUCAAGUCAUUCUUCAAAAGAUACACGGAUCAUCUGACUAUUACCCCCAGGGUUCUCAUUAUGGUCCUGCAGACAGAUGCACCAAGUCAUGUUGAGGUAACAACCAACGAUGAAUAUGGUGAACCAGACGAGACCUCGGAGUGCAACCCCGGUUGGCCUGAAUCCGACGAACUCUACGACAGUAAAUCUUCUGAUCACUCGAGCGUGCUUAAACCUCGCCAAUAUUGGUAUGCUGAGCCGCAGGUGCCCAAUGAUGAAAGGGACGCUGAGAAUCUGAAAAUGAACGAAGACACAAACACGGCGUACUACACCUCUGCGUAUUUACUUGAAUAUCUGCUACGCUACUGCACAUACGACCCUAUGGGGCUUACGAAAGAUAUUCUCCUGUCUGCCGUGGCGAAUAGAGAGUGUGAGGCCCUUUUUACGAUUAUUGCCAAAUACUACAGCCUUGAAAGCGUGAGAAUUACGCAAAACAUUGCCCAGGCUGCUGCAUCCAACAGCAAGCGAAAUGUGCAACUUCUCCUGGACUGGUUCCCGGGAAAGGUCCCAAUUACAGAGGACGUUCUUAUUGCAGCAGCAAGAAAUUCUAAAGAGAGCUACGAGACUCUUCGGCUACUGUUCUCUUGCUCUUCGUACCGGAUAUCAGUAUCCAAAAAGGUCAUGAUAGCGCUGUUGCAGAAUCCCAAUUCUUGCCCUUCUGCCUUUCGACUUGUGUUUGAAUAUGGAGGUAGCAGUCUACUCAGGAGCCAGGAAAUCAAGACUUCGAUUGUUAGAAAUGCAGGAAGAGGCUCGGUUUUGCAGUUCUUUCUGGAGCUUCCUGGGUUCAGCCUGACAGUGACCGAGAACAUGGUCCGAUCGAACGAAAACGACGGGGAACCCCUAAUAAGCAGCAGUCUUCUAUUUAAGGACCGUAGAGUCAGGUUUUCCCCUGCUUCGAUUGCAUUCGUCAUGGCCAAGGGAGACGCAGACUCCACUAUGUCCCUGUUGGAGAAGCUCGCCACUGACCGAGAAGACCACCACUUAACGGAGAAUGUCUUCCUCCAUGCUAUAUCGAAUGAGCAAGAACGGGCUUGGUUUACGGUACAUCAUCUAUUGCCACUCAUAAGCAAGUUCCUCACCGAGAAAGCCUGGAUCGCAGCUGCCAAAAAUAAAGUUAACGGGUGGACUCUGAUGCAAAUGUUCGCAGAUUAUGACCCAACUUUAGAAUCAAUGACUCCCACGGUACUUUUGCAUGCUGCACGCAAUGACCUGCUCGGCAAUGACAUUCUCAAAUGGCUUUUAUCUUACCAUCCGUCUAAAGUUCGGUUCUCUGAGGGCAUCCUGGCAGCUAUCUCGGGGAACCCGAGCUGGUGGACGGGUGAGCCUCUCACCAGCGAGAUCUAUCGGCCCCAUAUAUGGCAGAAUGGCCCCAUCCUUGAGGUAAUACUUCAUCAAGCCCAGGAGAAUGCAAAGAUCACGGAGAAUAUUCUUAUAGCUGCAGUCAAGAAUCCUACGCACAGUGCUCGGUAUCUCAGAGUAUUGCUCCAACAUCCUACGAGAGAAGUCUUGAAUCUUCAAAGGGUCGCAGCAAUCGCUGCAGCCCAGGAAUCCGUGGAAAUAAAAUCACUUCUCAGCUUUUUUCAGCACGGUGCUAGAACCAACGAAGAUAUAGUGGUAGCAGCAAUGAGAAAUAGUCAACGUGGCGGGGAUAUUUUCGAGCUGCUUCGCGUCGAGAAUCUCUGGGGCGACUUCGUUGCCACUGAUAAAGUGCUGUCGGCAGCAGCCGAUAAUGCAGAGAACGGAAAUGACUUGCUCGAAGACUUUCUGAGAUCUUAUCAGGGAGUCAUUGUGCUUCAAGACGAGCAUAUCGAAAAGGUCGCCAACUCCUUCAGCUUGGAUGUGAUGCGUCAGUUGCGCAUUCGCCAGAGGUUUCCUGUUUCCAACCCGCUACCUGUUUUCGCUUAUUCUCACUAUCUUUUCUAUGUCCUCCAUCGUUGGUUUGUGCUAUAUUGUUGA